AUGAGCACCGGCGGAGGCGCAGGGCCCUUGGUCCCGACUUUCCAUGGCUUCGUCCACAACAGCAUGGACGGCCUGGUCCUGUUUGAGGCUUGUCUGAGCGGCAAGCUGCAUCACGUCCCGCGACGACCGCACGACCGCGAACGCAGCUCGCUCAUCAAGAGCGGCAGCAUCUUCAUCUACGAGGAGAACGCUUCCGGAAUCAAGAGGUGGACCGACGGCGUCGCCUGGAGUCCCAGUCGCAUUCUCGGCAACUUCCUCAUCUACCGCGAACUCGAGAAGCCAUUCCCACCCGGCGAGAAGAAGCGAGCCAUGAAGCGCAAGCGAACGAGCAUGCCUGGAGAGCCGUAUCCUCGUCGAGAUUCAGAUGAGAACGAGGGUGCUGACAUCAAUACGCCUCUCACCCCACCAGAGCCGCAAGUGCCAGUCGGCGGCGAAGUGAAGCCAGAGAUUCCCAGCACUGACCAGGACAAGGAGCUCGAGAGGUCAUUGAUAGGAUCUCUGGUCGACAGCUACGGCUUCCGGCCGGAUGGCUUGGUGAAGAAGACGAUGAGCAUUUCAGUCAACGGAAUUUCCCACCACAUGGUGUCUUACUACAAAGUGGACGACGUCAAGAACAACCUUCUCCCACGACCGCUGUCGGAUCCACGCCUGCAGAACAUUUCCGUCCGCCCUGAGCUGUAUCUCAAGCAGAACUUCCGUGCACCAGUAGAGGAGACUGAGCAUUACGCGAUCGACGGUCAUAUGAACGCACAUCCACAGAUGAUGUACUCUUCGAUGGCAGGCGCUCCAUAUGGUGUGGCUCCAGGCCAGUACUUUGGACGGCAGUACCCUGGCAUGUACGGCAUGCCCUCAACAACAGGUGCUAGCAUGUAUGGCAGCGUGACGGGAUCUUCAUGGCCAACUCAACAGGCUACCGCGGGCGCACUGCCAUAUGGCUCGCAUGGAGGCUACGGCGGCCAAGGCUACAGCAGCUACUACAAAGGCCCAGACCAGACGAAUGGAUCUGCCGUGAAGACGGACGGCCAACAGCCCACUUCGCAAGGCAUCCCAUACGGCAGCCAGUACACACCCUCAUAUCCGAACAUGCAGAGGAGCAACUCAGUCUCUACGCCUUCGAUGAUGCAGUCGUCAUACCAGACACCCGUCCAGCAGGGCUCUUCUUCAUACGGCGGCACCAACAACGGCCGGCCGUCGUACGGCGGCAACAGCAUGAACAGCCCAACGGCGAAUGGCCAGGGACCUCCGCCAUACGGUAGCGCGUCGUCUCAGCAAUACGCGGUUCGCUCUCCUAUUCAAGGUUACGGAAUGGCGAGUGCUCCACAGAGCGCGGUCACACAGUCACCGCAUCCGUCAGUGAAGAGCCCUUCAUCUGCCCAUCCAAGCACCCCCGCACAGGCGAUGAGCAACGAUCCCAACGCACAGGUGCACAGUGGUGGCAUGCCUUACCGCUCGGGCUCUUACGGCGUUCCACCAACGCAACAAUCGGGCCACCCUGGAAACGACAUGAACGGUCUGGGCAUCAGCAACACUACGAGCUACGCACCUCCCUCGCAGACAGGACCCAGCUACAGCUAUGGGGCUGCAGGCCACGGACCUGCGAGUGCUGCGCCGUACGCAUCGUAG